AAGCGUGUGCCCACCCGCAGACCGCCUAUUCUGUUUUUCUUUGCCGUUCCAAAGAAAACAAUCGUUUUACUUCUGGUUGCCUGUAAGGGUUUUGCUCCUCCCUUCUGAAAUCCUAUAUUAGCCGCGGCCAAAGCCGUGUAAGGAACACAGCUCAUUGUUGGCAAGUGCCGAUGCGCCUCGCGGAGCGGCGAGAACCAGCUCCGGGGCUGCGGCAGCGAUCGCGGCGCCGGUCACGUCAGCGCCGGGGAGAGGGAGCCGGAGAAGCCCUCUCUAUGCUGGGUGACUCUCGCUGACUGAUUCCACCGCCACCUUUGAAGGAGAAGAAGAAAGAAGCCGGGAGGUGAGCCAUGGCAGACCACAUGAUGGCCAUGAACCACGGGCGAUUCCCCGACGGAUCCGGCGGGCUCCACCACCACCCUGCGCAUCGGAUGGGCAUGGGGCAGUUUCCCACCCCCCAUCACCACCACCAGCAGCAGCAGCCGCCGCAGCAGCACGCCUUCAGCGCCCUGAUGGGCGACCAUAUACAUUACGGAGCUGGGAGUAUGAACGCGAGCAGCGGGGUGAGGCACGCCAUGGGGCCGGGCAGCGUGAGCGGAGGGCACCCGGCGGGCAGCAUGCCGCCCCCCGCCCGCUUCAGCGGCUCCCAGUUCAUGGCCCCCCCCGUCGCCAGCCCGGGAGGGCAGCUGAGCGCCAGCAUGCAGCUCCAGAAGCUGAACAACCAGUACUUCAGCCACCACCCCUACCCCCACAGCCACUACAUGCCGGACUUGCACCCCGGUAGCCACCAGCUGAACGGCGGCAGCCAGCAGCAUUUCAGGGACUGCAACCCCAAGCACGGCGGCGGCGGCGGCAGCGGCUUGCCGCCCGCCGUCCCCCACGUCCCCGCGGCAAUGCUGCCGCCCAAUGUCAUAGACACGGACUUCAUCGACGAGGAGGUCCUCAUGUCCUUAGUCAUCGAAAUGGGGCUGGAUCGCAUCAAGGAGCUUCCCGAGCUGUGGUUGGGACAGAACGAGUUUGACUUCAUGACAGACUUCGUUUGCAAACAGCAGCCCAGCAGGGUGAGCUGCUGAUUCAUUUAAAACAAACAAAGGACUUUUAUCGGUGCGAAUGAAAACAUUCCCCUAGACACGGUGUCUCACUUUUCAGGGCUUGAAAAGGUGAGAAUCUGGAAAGCAGAGUCAACUAUGCGCUUGUAUAUUUUUUUUGUUUGUUUUUUAAUCGCUGCCACUUUUUCUUUUUUUUUUUCUUUCUGUAGCUUUGUCACUCACCUCCCCUCCUGUAGUAAUAAUAUCUAGCAACUCUGCCUUUUUAUGUUGGUUGCCCCCCUCCCGACCUCCCUCUCUUAAUUUCCUCGCAGUAACGUGCCCAUAAUUCCCACAGUGCCGGACUGUUAGAUAUUAAUCUUGGCAAAUUGCUUAAUCUUGUGGAUUUUGUAAACUAUGAUUUCCAAUGACUUGAACUGCAUUCAAAUUCUGAGUGAACAGGGGAAAAAAAUUGCAUUAGUUGGUUGCAUGAACUUUGAAGGGCAGAUAGUACUGCACAAAAGCUGCCAUCUUGCUUAAUUUUUAACUAUGCAUUGCAGUGCAGACUAUUUUUUUUUUUUCUGAAUACGCUAAACUGGAAGCUUAACAGAUGUGGGCCAAACCUUUCCAGAUCAGGAAAAGUAAUACUGUUACUUAAAAAGUCUGCUACCCAUUCCCCCUCCCCCAUAUGUACAGACAAUAAUAUGGUGUGGAUGGAAUGUUGACUAGUGGCAAACAUUUCACAGAUUUUUUUUUUUUAAUUUUGUUUCUGUCUUCAGCGUUUUGACACUGUGCUAAUAUAGUUUAUUCAGUACAUGAAAAGAUACUACUGUGUUGAAAGC